GCCUCAUCAUGGGGAAGCACUUUGGUGAGCUGUACAAGAUGAGACACAUCAUCACGUACAGCAUCUCACCGUUAGAGCAGCGAGCCUUCGCUGGCUACUUCAGCAAGGGGUUCCCCAACAUGCUGAGGAGGGCCAAGAACAGAAUUUUCAGAAUCUUUCCUCAGUUUGUGGUUGGAUACAUCAUCUACAGCUGGGGUAACAGUGAGAAUGCCCGGUCCAUCAGAAAGGGUUUCGAAGGCACAACUGAAUAAAUCAUCGCAGUGGCAACAUCGUUCUUCAUACCUGAGGCAACUUGAUGUGUGGAGCGACCAUCUGUGUUUGUGAACAGUAGACUGUGACCAUGAUGUUGUCAGCACUCCUGGAUGUUUGCAUACAGUAUUCACUCUCAACCCAUUCUAUAUCUCCUCUCAAUGACAGUGUAAGAAUAUGACAUAGGAAGACCAGAUUCAACAACAGAAUGCCACAUCAAAAAGGUUUUGAGAUUGUAAAUGGUUCUAGAAGAAGGCUGCAUUAAAGUUACUUCCAAUGUUUGAAGCCA